CCCCCCAUUUUACUCCCUUGUUCUCUCUCUCUCUCUCUCUCUCUCUCUCUCUCUCUCUCUCUUCCAAUUUCAAUUCACAAUUAAAAUCCCCAAUUCACCUUACUCAACAAACCCUAAUUUCAAUUCCUCUCUUCACUCCCCGCGCCACUUGACAUUGCGAUUGAGAUUGAACGCCAGAACCAGAGAUACGGAGAGAAGAAGAAAGCGAGAGAGCGAGAAUGGAGGGGAUACCGCACCCAGUACCUCGAACAGUGGAGGAAGUCUUCAGCGACUUCAGAGGCCGACGCGCCGGUUUGAUUAAGGCCCUCACCACCGAGGUUCAGAAGUUUUACCAGCAGUGCGAUCCUGAGAAGGAGAAUUUGUGUUUGUAUGGACUGCCAAAUGAGACAUGGGAAGUUAACCUUCCUGUCGAAGAGGUGCCUCCUGAGCUUCCUGAACCAGCAUUAGGUAUAAACUUUGCUAGGGAUGGGAUGGCAGAAAAGGACUGGUUGUCGCUCGUUGCCGUACACAGCGAUUCAUGGUUGCUUGCUGUUGCAUUCUAUUUUGGUGCACGCUUUGGGUUUGGCAAGAAUGAAAGAAAGAAGCUCUUUCAGAUGAUAAAUGAUCUUCCCACCAUAUUUGAAGUUGUUACAGGCAAUGCCAGGCAGCCUACAAAUCAAUCUGGUAUUCAUCACAACAGUAGCAAGAGUAAAUCAAGUGGCAAGCCGUCUCGCCAACCUGAAAUCAACCUGAGUAAAGGGGUAAAGAUGUCUCCGCUAGUGAAAGAAGAUGAGGAAAGUGGGGAAGAAGAAGAAGAAGAUGAUGAUGAUGAACAAGGUGCUACUUGUGGGGCAUGUGGAGACAACUAUGGUGCUGACGAGUUCUGGAUUUGCUGUGAUGUGUGUGAGAGAUGGUUCCAUGGGAAGUGUGUGAAGAUUACACCUGCAAAGGCUGAGCAUAUCAAGCAGUACAAGUGCCCAAGCUGCAGUAGCAAGAGGGCUAGAGUUUGAUUCUAGGUUAUGAAGUUGGAGAGCAAUAAUGAUCAAAGAAAUCAGAUGAGGGGCUUGCAGUUAUCAGUACAUUUUGGAGUAAAACAGAAGUCAGUUGUCUACCUUUUAGUUAAAUGAAUUUGAAUGACCUGCAGAUGGGAUUCUAAGUUUUGCUACUUUUGGCUCUUGUUCUGUCUAAUUUUAGCACGAAUUUGUUCCUAAUAUGAAUAGUCAGUUAUAAAUAUGUCCAUGCAGUUUCUGUGUUUGACUUUGAUACA